CAUUGGCCGACGUUACGCACAUUAUUUAUAUAUAAAGUCCAUUUUUUUACACUAAUCCAUUUUUUUUCUUUUUUUUUUACAAUAAAAGAACUAUGUCUUCUAUCACAAAGUUUGUUCAAUUUGGUAAGACCCACAUUGCUAGAGGUAUUGGAAGAUCCACCGAGCUUGUUAUCGACAAGGCAAAGGGUACUUAUGUUUAUGCUGUUGACGGUAAGAAGUAUCUCGACCUUUCCACCGGUAUCGGAGUCACCAACACUGGUCACUGUCACCCUACUGUUGUGAAGGCUGUCCAAGAACAAGCUGGCAACUUGGCUCACGGUCAAGUCAAUAUCUUUUUCCAAAAGCCUAUGCUCGAACUUAUUGAAGGUUUGCUUCCCAGAAUGCCUUCUCCUAAGCUUGAUACAUUCUUUUUCUGGAACUCUGGAUCCGAAGCUGUUGAAGCUGCCAUCAAGGUCGCCCGUCAUGCCACCAAGAAACAAAACAUUAUCGUCUUCCAAGGUUCUUAUCAUGGUCGUACUUUUGGUACCAUGGCCUUAACUACCUCCAAGACCAUCUAUGCUGCCGGUUUCUCUCCCUUGAUGCCUGGUGUACAUGUCGCACCUUACCCUUACUUCCAACAAUGGUCUGCACAUAAGGCUGAUCCCGAGAAGUUUGAUGCCGAUUGGUGUGGUGAUGAAGCCCUUCAUCAACUCGAGCUUUUGUUAAAGCAACGUUCAGAUCCCGAGGAUACUGCUGCUAUUUUGAUUGAACCCGUUCAAGGUGAAGGUGGCUAUGUUGUCCCCCCUAAAAACUUCCUCGCUGGUCUUCGCAAGAUUUGUGACAAGCACAACAUUUUAUUGAUUUGUGAUGAAGUACAAUCUGGUUUCGGUCGUACCGGUAAGAUGUUUGCUGUUGAGCACUUUGGUAUUGUUCCCGAUAUUUUGGUCAUGGCUAAGGGUAUUGCCUCUGGUUAUCCUCUUUCAGCUAUUGUAUCACGCAAGGAGAUUAUGGAUAAGCAACCUCCUGGAUCCAUGGGUGGUACUUACUCUGGUAACGCCAUUGCUUGUGCUGCUGCCAAGGCUACACUCCAAGUCUUUGAUGACGAGAAGCUUUUAGAUAACUGUAACGUUCGUUCCGAGCAAUUCUUCAAGGGUUUGAGAUCCAAGAUUCCUGCUCUUUUGCCAGAAGGCGUGACCUGCGAUAUUCGUGGUAAGGGUCUCAUGAUUGGUAUUGAAUUCAUGGGUGUUCCUAAGGGUUUCGCAAAUAACGUUGCUACUGAGGCCUUAAACCUUGAUACCAUCCUCUUAACCACAUCUAUUUACGAAACUCUUCGUUUAAUUCCUCCUCUUACUAUCACUGAAGAAGAAACUAAUCUUGCCCUUGAACGUGUUGUUGCUAGUGUUGCCGCUGCCGUCGAGAACCUCAAGAAGGCUUAAAUUCAAUUUAGCCUAAUGUACAAUUAUUUACAAUAAACUUUUUUAUAUACACUGUGAA